GAUACUGCAGGCUACGGUCGUACCGUCUCGUGUGGACGCGUGCUAAGGUGAACGGUACCGUUAGAACUAGAGUUGUGAGAGAGAGAGUGGCAAAGGACUGAACACCAUCGAAGCUAGUGUGGAAAUUUCGACAUUUUCAUGUGUCCGAACCGAGCGAAGUAGUUUUUAUUUUCCUUCCAGAUAGAUUACAGUACCUUAAGGUUCAUGUUGAUUAGGAUAGAGGCGACCAUAUUGGUCGCCAUUUUGGCCAUACUUAGGAUCGACUCAGCUCAAAGUUCCAGUGGUCUCUUUAGCUGUCCAAACGGCUGGGAACUGCGGGGACUGUCCUGCUACAAGUUUUUCAAUAUUAGGCAUUCGUGGGAAAAAGCUGCAGAAUUAUGUAAAAGAUAUGGUAGUGACCUGAUGGCGGUAGAAACUUUUGCCGAAAAUAAUUUAACAGCUAGUAUAGCAAAUUCUUCCGUUCCUCUGGAACGGAGAGGCUUGGAUCAUUAUUGGUUAGGUCUGGCAUCGCUGGAUGACCUUAAAACCAAUACUCUGGAGUCAGCAGCUGGAACUUUAGUCUCUCAAUAUUCUGGGUUCUGGUCGUUAAAUCAGCCAGAUCCAUCAUCAGGAGAAUGCGUUGAUGUCACCAUUACUGAAGAGAAUCAGUCUUGGGAACUGACAACUUGCGAGAGUCUUUUACCCUUUAUGUGUAGAUCUAGGGCAUGCCCUACAGGCUCAUUUCAUUGCUCGAACGGUAAUUGUAUCAACGAAAAGUUCAAAUGUGAUAAACAAGAUGAUUGUGGUGACAACUCAGACGAAUUAGACUGCGCUCAAAACUGUAAUUUCUACCUGGCUAGCAGUGGAGAUGUCGUAGAAUCCCCUUAUUACCCUCACAAAUACGCUCCUUUAACCAAUUGCAAGUGGACUUUGGAAGGGCCUCAGGGUCACAACAUCCUGCUCCAAUUCCAAGAGUUUGAAACCGAAAAAUCUUUUGAUACCGUUCAAAUUCUUGUGGGAGGAAGAACCGAAGAUACAUCUGUAAAUUUAGCUACAUUAUCAGGAAAACAAGAUUUAGGCAACAGGUCUUUUGUCUCCGCAUCAAAUUUCAUGAUUGUCAAGUUCAGCACUGAUGCCUCGGUGGAGAAAAAAGGUUUCAGAGCCUCCUGGAAGACUGAACCUCAGAUUUGUGGAGGAACUUUAAGAGGAACGCCUCAAGGACAAAUCCUGAAGAGUCCUGGAUACCCUAACCAAUAUCCAGGAGGCUUGGAAUGUUUAUAUAUCAUUCGAGCUCAAAAUGGCAAAAUAAUAACUUUGGAAAUUGAUGAUUUGGACUUGGAUGAGACUAGAGACUAUAUUUUAGUUAGAGACGGAGAUUCUCCAAGGAGUAAUCCGAUAGCUAGGCUUACAGGAGAGUUAGAAGACAACCAGAGGAUUGUUAUGUCCACUAGCAGUCAAUUAUAUGUUUACUUCAAAACUAGUCUUGGUGAUUCAAGGAGAGGUUUCAGGAUUAGAUACACUCAAGGAUGUAAAGCUACCAUUGUAGCCAGGAAUGGAACGAUUACAUCGCCCGCAUUUGGUCUGGAUAACUAUCCAAGCAACCAAGAGUGUCUAUAUAAAAUAAGGAACCCUAUUGGAGGACCUUUAUCUUUAAAUUUCAACGAAUUUGACGUAGACCAAUCUGAUUUUGUACAAGUAUUUGAUGGAAGUACACCAAGUGGUUUGAGAUUACAUCCAGGUUCAGGUUUCACAUCAAACAGCAAACCAAAAAUAACCUUGACAGCUUCAAGUGGAGAAAUGCUGGUCAGAUUCACUACAGAUGCCCUUCAUAACAGACCUGGUUGGAGAGCCACCUUUUCUGCUGAUUGUCCCCAACUUCAGCCAGGAGUUGGUGCUCUAGCUUCAAGCAGAGACACCGCUUUCGGUACUAAAAUAAUCUUCAGUUGUCCCACUGGACAGGAAUUCGCUACAGGGAAAAAUAGAAUCACUACACAGUGCCAACCAAGUGGCAACUGGUCUGUUAGCUACAUUCCAAGAUGUCAAGAGGUAUACUGUGGCCCAGUGCCACAAAUCGACAAUGGAUUCUCUAUUGGAUCUUCUAAUGUCACAUACCGAGGUCAGGCGAUGUAUCAAUGUUACGCUGGCUUUGCUUUCCCUUCUGGAAAGCCUAUUGAAAGAAUUUCUUGUCUGGCUGACGGUAGAUGGGAAAAGAAACCAACUUGUCUUGCUUCCCAAUGCGCAACAUUGCCUGACGUACCACAUGCAAACAUCACCAUUUUGAACGGUCUAGGAAAGUCUUACGGUACCAUAAUCCGGUACGAGUGUGAACCUGGAUAUAUCCGGAGCGGUCAUCCAGUAAUCCUCUGCAUGAGCAACGGAACUUGGAGCGGUGACGUUCCAGUUUGUUCCAGAGCUAGAUGCCCUACUUUGCCCAAAAUUGAAAAUGGAAUCAUUACUGACACUUCCAGGCAGUACUACUUUAAUGACGAAGCCAGAGUUCAGUGUUUUAAGGGAUUUAAACUGAUUGGAAACAGUAUUUUAAGGUGUGGAGAAAACCAGGAAUUCAAUAAUCCACCUAGAUGUGAAGAUAUCAAUGAAUGUAUCAGUACCCAGUGUGAUGUGGCUUCUACUGAAUGUGUUAAUGCUCCUGGAUCGUUCCAGUGCAAGUGCAAGAAAGGAUUCACGCCAACUAAUGAAUGCAGACCUGUAGCAGAUUUAGGAUUAAUAAACGGAGGUAUUCCAGAUGAAUCUAUCACAGUAUCCAGUACAGAGCCUGGAUAUGAAAAAUCGAUGAUUCGUUUGAACAAUGGUAUAGGUUGGUGUGGAAAUACAAUUGAAGGAGGUUCAAAUUGGGUACUGUUAGAUUUGAGAGCUCCCACAAUUAUCAGAGGCUUCAGAACCAUGGCUGUAACAAGACUGAAUGGAGAUAUAGCCUUUACUUCGGCUGUCAGGCUACAGUAUACAGACGAUUUAACUGACGUAUUCAAAGACUACAGGAAUCCAGACGGACUGGCUGUAGAAUUUACCAUAGAAAAACCAACAUUGAGCAUCCUGAAUUUACCUGUUCCCAUCGAAGCACAAUAUAUCAAAUUUAAAAUUCAAGAUUAUGUCGGAGCUCCAUGCUUAAAACUAGAAGUAAUGGGUUGUACCAGAUUGGAAUGCUCUGAUGUCAACGAAUGUUCUGAAAACAACGGAGGAUGUCAGCAAAAAUGCCUCAACACUGCUGGAGACUACUCUUGCGGAUGUAACGUAGGAUUCGAGCUGUACCAACAAAACGGUACCGCCUCAUAUUAUAUAGAACCCUCAGAAAACGGUCUACGUGACGGAGAUGUGUACCAAGUGAACAAAUCUUGCGUUGCUGUGAUGUGUCCUUCAGUAAAUUCACCUGAGAACGGACUUAUACUUUCUACCAAGGAGAAGUACCACUUUGGAGACUUAGUACGCUUCCAGUGUGACUUUGGAUACGUCAUGACUGGAAGUAGUUCACUUUUAUGUACCUCUACAGGUGUCUGGAAUGGUACAGUACCUGAAUGCAAAUAUGCUCAAUGUGUAUCUUUACCUGACGACAAGAAUGAAGGUCUCAAAGUACUCAGGAGUAACGAGGAAACAGUAUUAGUACCUUUUAGAGAAAAUGUCACACUUCAUUGCGGUUCUACUGGAAGACAUUUAAGGAAAACAUCAAGCUCAGCUUUCAGGCAGUGUGUUUUUGAUCCUAAACCAGGCUAUCCAGAUUAUUGGUUAAGUGGUGCUUUACCCUCUUGUCCAAGAAUCGACUGUGGGAUUCCUCCUCCCACUCCUGGAGCAGAAUACGGACAAUACAUCGACACCAGAUACCAAUCUUCGUUCUUCUUCGGUUGUCAGAACACUUUCAAGUUAGCUGGACAAAGCAGCAAGCACGAUAACAUUGUCAGGUGUCAAGCUAACGGAGUUUGGGACUUUGGCGAUUUAAGAUGCGAAGGACCCGUUUGCCAGGAUCCAGGAAGACCGAGCGACGGUUUUCAGAUAUCCAGAAGUUACGAGCAAGGUUCUGAAGUCAGUUUUGGAUGUAACAGGGCUGGAUAUAUCCUGAUUAACCCUCGACCGAUCACCUGCGUUAGAGAGCCUGAAUGUAAGGUUGUUAGACCUCUUGGAUUGGCUUCUGGACGUAUUCCGGACUCAGCCAUUAAUGCCACGAGUGAAAGACCUAAUUAUGAAGCUAAGAAUGUUAGGUUGAAUUCGGUUACUGGCUGGUGUGGAAAACAGGAAGCUUUUACCUAUGUUAGUGUGGAUUUGGGGAAAGUUUUUAGAGUUAAAGCUAUCCUGGUGAAAGGAGUUGUCACAAACGAUAUUGUAGGUCGUCCAACUGAAAUUAGGUUCUUCUAUAAACAGGCUGAUAAAGAAAAUUAUGUGGUAUAUUUCCCUAACUUUAACCUCACGAUGAGAGAUCCAGGAAAUUAUGGAGAACUUGCCAUGAUUUCUUUACCCAAAUACGUCCAAGCAAGGUUUGUAAUUUUGGGAAUUGUAAGUUACAUGGAGAAUGCCUGUUUGAAGUUUGAACUAAUGGGUUGCGACGAGCCAGAGAACGAACCUUUGUUAGGUUACGAUUAUGGAUACUCCCCUUGCGUUGACAAUGAGACUCCCGUUUUCCAAAACUGUCCCCAGCAACCGAUAGUAGUCCAAAAAGACGCCAAUGGAGGUCUUCUACCUGUCAACUUUACCGAACCAACAGCUGUGGAUAACUCUGGAAGCAUAGCUCGUCUGGAAAUCAAGCCUCCAAACUUCAAGACACCUGUCUACGUGUUUGAAGACAUGGUCGUCAAAUACGUAGCCUUUGACUACGAUGGCAACGUUGCCAUUUGCGAAAUCAACAUCACCGUUCCUGAUAACACUCCUCCACAACUUAGCUGUCCUCCAAGCUACGUCAUCGAGUUGGUAGACAGGGAAGACAGUUAUUCAGUUAACUUCAACGAAACUAGAGUCAGAGUUAACGCUACAGAUGCUUCUGGAGAAGUCCAUUUAACUUUUGUUCCAGAAAAAGCAACCAUUGCUAUUGGAGGUUUUGAAAAUGUUACUGUCAUUGCUUCGGACAAGUAUGGCAAUAAGGCUAGCUGUCAUUACCAGGUUUCAGUCCAAGCUACGCCUUGUGUUGAUUGGGAGCUCAAACCUCCAGUCAACGGAGCUAUUAAUUGUCUUCCAUGGGAUAGGGGAUUACAGUGUAUAGCUACAUGCAAUCCAGGUUUUAGGUUCACUGAUGGUGAACCUGUAAAGACGUUUACUUGUGACAAAAACGUACCGUGGAAGCCUACAGGAGUUGUGCCAGACUGUGUUUCAGAAAAUACUCAGCAAGCUGACUACCACUUCACUGCAAGCGUCAAUUACAGGGCUAAUGGUGCUGUGGCUUCGGCCUGUUUGAACCAGUACACCGAUCUGUUGGCUCAGUUUUACAAUAAUUUGAACAAUAUCCUGUCUGAGAGAUGUUCUGCUGUUAACGUCAAGAUGAACGUGUCAAUUAUUAACGCUGUUGCCAGUUUGGUAGACGAAAAUGUUGUAAAGGUUGAUUAUAUUGUCGACAUUGUACCAUUGGUCAGACAAAUCCAACUCUACGAAUUAUGCGGUAGCACCCUAAACCUAAUGUUCGAUCUAUCAGUACCGUCAGCUAACGCCGUUAUAGAACCUCUCUUAAACGUCACCUCCAUAGGCAACCAGUGUCCUCCGCUCAAAGCCCUCAAAUCAGACAACCUAAGAGGCUUUACCUGUAACGUCGGUGAAGUACUCAACAUGGAUACCAACGACGUACCCAGAUGCUUACAUUGUCCCGCGGGUACUUUCGCCGGAUUAAAACAGAAAGAAUGCUCGUACUGUCCCAGGGGUUUCUUCCAAGACAGGGACAGGCAAGGGGCUUGUUCACGAUGUCCUCAAGGAACCUACACUAAAGAGCAAGGUUCAAAGAGCAUAUUUGACUGCGUUCCUGUUUGUGGAUACGGAACGUACUCACCAACUGGAAUGGUACCUUGCUUGGAAUGUCCAAGGAAUAGUUUUACUGGGGAACCACCUACGGAAGGAUUCAAAGAUUGCCAGGCUUGUCCUGCUAAUACUUAUACGUUCCAGCCAGCGGCUCCAAGCAUGGAAUUGUGCAAACCCAAGUGUAAUCCUGGACAUUAUUCUCCAACAGGACUAGCUCCGUGUUCUUUAUGUCCAAAAGACUUCUAUCAGUCUAUUCCUGGACAAACGUCUUGUAAUGAAUGUCCGACAAACAUGAAAACUGAAGUUCCAGGAGCAAGUGGACGCGAUGAAUGUAGACCGCUGGAGUGCACUGAGAACGCCUGCCAGCAUGGAGGUAUCUGUAUCCCAAUGGGACACGGUAUCCAGUGCUUCUGUCCAGCUGGAUUUUCUGGAAGGCGUUGCGAGAUAGAUAUAGAUGAAUGUGCUUCCCAACCUUGCUACAAUGGAGCUACCUGUAUUGACCAACCUCAAGGAUACAGGUGUCAAUGUGCUCCAGGAUAUUCCGGAAUUAACUGUCAAGAAGAAAGAUCUGACUGUUCAAAUGACACAUGUCCUGCCAGGGCUAUGUGCAAGGACGAGCCUGGAUACAAGAACUUCACCUGCUUGUGUCGGUCUGGAUACACUGGAAUUGACUGUGACAUAACUAUUGAUCCAUGUUCAGCCAACGGCAAUCCAUGCAGCAACGGCGCCACCUGUCUGGCCCUGGAACAAGGCAGAUUCAUGUGCGAAUGUCUGCCAGGUUGGGAAGGCCAAACCUGUGAAAUCAACGUAGACGACUGCGCAGAAAAACCGUGUCUUUUAGGCGCAAACUGCACAGACUUAGUCGAUGAUUUCAGCUGCGCGUGUCCUCCGGGAUUCACCGGCAAACGAUGCCAGGAAAAGGUGGACCUUUGCGGACGAACACCCUGUAAAAACGGGAUUUGCGUUGACAAGCUGUUCUAUCACGAAUGCGUGUGUCAACCUGGAUGGAGUGGGGAGAAUUGCGAGAUAAACAUCAACGAUUGUAACCCGAAUCCUUGUGAUAAUGGAGGACAUUGUGUGGAUCUGGUUGACGAUUAUUUGUGUACCUGUGAGCCAGGAUAUACCGGUAAACGCUGUCAACACACUAUAGACUUUUGUUCGUCCAAACCUUGUCAAAAUGGAGCUACAUGCACCGAUUUAGUAGACGGUUUCAGCUGCAAAUGCAGGCCAGGUUAUGUUGGUCUUCAAUGUGAAGCUGAAAUAGAUGAAUGCCUGAGUGAUCCUUGUAACUCUGUCGGUACAGAAAAAUGCGUGGAUCUGGAUAACAAAUACUUCUGUAUGUGCAAGGAGGGAUACAGUGGAAAGAUGUGUGAAGAAAAUAUGGAUGAUUGUAAGAGCGAUCCAUGUCUCAAUGGAGGAUCAUGUAGGGAUGAAGUUGGUGGUUAUAAAUGCGUGUGUCAACCAGGAUGGACCGGAACUAACUGUGAAUCUGACAUAGGAAACUGUCAAGGAAAACCAUGUCAAAAUGACGCAAAGUGUAUUAAUUUGUUCCAAGACUAUUUCUGUGUUUGUCCUUCAGGUACCGAUGGUAAGCAAUGCGAGACAGCUCCGGAAAGGUGCAUAGGCAACCCGUGUAUGCACGGAGGAAAAUGCAAGGAUUUCGGUUCUGGCCUUAACUGUUCUUGCUCUGAAGGAUUCACUGGUAUCGGGUGUCAAUAUGAAUACGACGCUUGCCAAGCCAAGGCGUGCAAAAACGGAGCUACCUGUGUCAAUAACAUCUUCGGUUUUACCUGUCAAUGUCCGCCAGGAUACACUGGAAAAUACUGCGAGAAAGAUAUAGUAGACUGUAAAGAAAACUCGUGUCCACCCAGUGCAACCUGUAUAGACCUAACUGGCAAAUUCUACUGUCAAUGUCCUUUCAAUUUAACUGGAGAGGACUGCAGAAAAACUAUCUCGGUGGAUUAUGACUUGUACUUCAGCGACGCUAGCAGGAGCUCAGCUUCGCAAGUGGUUCCAUUCUACACUACCUCAGCUUCAAGCCUCACCAUCGCCAUGUGGAUUCAGUUCACUCAGAAAGACGAGAACGGUAUUUUCUUCACCUUGUACAGCGUCACGUCCAAGCACGUGCCAACUAACAGAAGACCGAUCAUCCAGGCUCACUCGAACGGUGUCCAAGUGUCCAUUUUCGAGGACUUGCAGGACGUUUACCUGAGUUACAGGGACUAUACUGUCAUAAAUGACGCUCAGUGGCAUCACAUUGCGAUCGUGUGGGAUGGAGAAAAUGGAGGUGAACUGAAAUUGAUCACUGAAGGACUGAUAGCCAGUAAAAUUGACGGGUAUGGCAGUGGAAGAAAACUACCAGAGCACGCAUGGGUCACCUUGGGCAAACCCCAAUCGACCAGUCCCAAAGCCUAUACCGAAUCCGGAUUCCAAGGCCACCUCACUAAAGUUCAGAUCUGGAACAGAGCUCUGGACGUCACCAACGAAGUCCAGAAACAAGUCCGAGACUGCAGGACCGAACCAGUUCUAUAAGGACUCGUUUUAACGUGGGCAGGUUAUGAAGAAACAGUCGGAGGAGUGGAAAGAGUGGUUCCCUCGCAUUGCGGCCAAAGGAACUGCCCAGCAGGGUUCGGACCGAAAUGCCAGAACCUGGAAGUAGACAAGAUCCCUCCUAAGGUGGAAUACUGCCCGGGAGACCUCUGGAUCAUAACCAAAAACGGAUCGGCACUAGUAGCUUGGGACGAGCCACACUUUAGUGACAACGUCGGCGUUGCCAGCGUGCAAGAGCGCAAUGGACACCGACCAGGCCAAACGCUGCUCUGGGGCAUCUACCAGAUAGCCUACGUGGCCAGCGACCAAGCCGGCAACACCGCGAGUUGUACCUUUAAGGUCUCGGUGUUGUCAGAGUUCUGUCCAGAAUUACCCGAUCCGAUUGGAGGGUAUCAGACAUGUAAGGAUUGGGGUGCAGGAGGACAAUUUAAGGUGUGCGAGAUUGGGUGUAAUUCUGGCCUUAAGUUUUCCCAGGAUAUUCCCAGGUUCUAUACCUGUGGAGCUGAAGGAUUUUGGAGGCCUAAUAUCAACCCGAAUUUGGCUUUGGUUUAUCCUGCUUGUUCUCCAUACAAACCAGCACAGAGGGUGUUCAAGAUCAACAUGCUCUUCCCCAGCUCAGUGCUGUGCAACGAGGCGGGACAAGGGGUCUUAAGACAGAAAGUCAGGAACGCUGUGAACAGUCUUAACAGGGAUUGGAACUUCUGUUCAUUCUCUGUCGAGGGUACCAGAGAGUGUAAAGACCUGAAUAUCGACGUCAAAUGCGACCACAGGGCUGGAAGACAGGCCAGGCAAGUACCGGACCAAGAGGAAGAUGGCGGUACUUACGUUAUCGAUGCCAGUGUACCGGUAGACAAAACAGACAGACAAGGACGCCAAUCUUCCAGUGACAUGUACACGGUAGAGAUAGCAUUCCCGGCAUUGAACGAUCCAGUAGUGAACUCCAACUCCAACGACAGAUCUACAGUGAAGGAACUUUUGGAAAAACUAAUUUUGGAAGAAGGACAAUUUGACGUUAGGGAUAUCUUACCAAACACUGUCCCAGACCCAUCGUCUUUGUCCUUGGAGUCCGACUACGCAUGUCCGGUGGGACAAGUUGUGGAAGCUCCUGAUUGUGUCCCAUGUGCCAUUGGAACUUUCUACAACAAAGACACCAAAACUUGUCUACCCUGUCCACAAGGAUCCUACCAAAGCGAGGCUGGACAGUCUCAAUGCAUUGAAUGUCCAGUCAUUGCGGGACGUCCAGGAGUCACUAUAGGUCUAGGAGCACGUAGCGCAGCGGAUUGCAAAGAACGAUGCCCAGCUGGUAAAUUCUACGACCACGAUGCCGGAUUGUGCCGAUCCUGCGGUCACGGCUUCUACCAACCGGAAGAAGGCUCGUUCUCGUGCCAGAUUUGUGGAUUGGGCAAAACCACAAGGACCAAUGAGGCUGUCUCUUCGAAAGAAUGCAGAGAUGAAUGUGGUGAUGGACAACAACUGGCUCUGGAUGGUCGUUGCGAGCCAUGUCCUAGAGGAACCUUCAGAGCUCAAGGGUAUCAAGCAGCUUGUGUUAGCUGUCCUCCUGGAAGGACAUCACCAAAAUCCGGUGCUAUCACAAUUGAAGAAUGUACUUUACCUGUAUGUGCUGCUGGAACCUAUUUGAACGGUACUUUGAACAGUUGCAUUCAGUGCAAGAGAGGAUUCUACCAGCCAGAAACACAGCAAACGACUUGUAUUCCAUGCCCACCCAACACCAGUACCAAAAACACUGCCUCAAAAUCCAAGUCUGAAUGCACGAAUCCAUGCGAACUGAAGGGCCAAGAAAUGCAUUGCGAUCCAAACGCCUACUGCCUGCUCAUUCCCGAAACCAGCGACUUCCGGUGCGAGUGCAAACCUGGCUUUAACGGCACCGGCAAAGUAUGCACCGACGCGUGCGACGGCUUCUGCGACAACGAGGGCGUAUGCGUCAAAGACGUGACGGGAUCUCCAUCUUGCCGGUGUAUAGGCAGCUUUACCGGCAAACACUGCAGCGACAAGUCCGAGUUCGCCUACAUCGCCGGCGGUAUAGCCGCCUCUGUAAUACUCAUAAUAUUCAUCGUCCUGCUGAUCUGGAUGAUCUGCGCCAGGGCCAACAGGAGGAAGGAACCGAAGAAACUGCUCACGCCAGCCACCGACCAGAACGGUUCCCAGGUUAACUUCUACUACGGUGCGCCGACGCCGUACGCAGAAUCUAUCGCGCCCAGUCAUCAUUCGACUUACGCACAUUACUAUGAUGACGAAGAGGACGGAUGGGAGAUGCCUAAUUUCUACAACGAAACCUACAUGAAGGAGAGUCUGCACAAUGGGGUGAAUGGCAAAAUGAACAGCUUGGCGAGGAGCAAUGCCAGCCUCUACGGUACCAAGGACGACCUGUACGACAGGCUAAAAAGACACGCUUAUCCAGGAAAGAAAGAUAAAAGUGACAGCGACAGCGAGGCAGGUCACUGAGGUCAUUUAAUGCUCAACGAAACGCACUGUAUAUUAUUUGUAUACGGGCCUGUGGCUCUGGACAUUUUUUAAACGUCUUCUGUGCCACUGCAAGGUUAUACAGUAGAUCCAAAAAGGUAUUAAAUAUUUUUUACGCGAUCCAGUGGCUCCAAAACUGUUUAUAAGACGUGUUAUACGCCACUGGAAAGCUAGCAAACUGUCCGGUGGCUCCUAAACUGUUUUAAACAUUUUCUGUGCCAGUGGACAGCUAUGUAAUGGUGGCAAAACAGUUUUAAAUAUUCUCUGGGGCACUGAAAAGCUAAACAUACAAUCCAGUGACGCCCAAACUGUUUUAAAACAUUUUCUACGCCACUGGAAGGCUAGACACAAUAUCCAGUGGCUCCUAAACUGUUUAAAACAUUUUUUAUGCCACUGGAAAGCUAAAAACGUAACUCUAUAGUUCUUAAAACUGUUUUAAACAUUUUCUACGCCACUGGAGAGCUAUCGAGUUAUAGAAUAUAUUCCAUUGGAGAAAUUGAUCAAUAAAAUCACAGACCUUUCUUAUGGAAUAUCGUUAUUAUAUGAGUUGUUACACUAACGACCUAUUAUAGAUAGUUAAAAGUUGCGAGUAAGUUUUAAUUAAAAAAUGGCUAGUCAAAACAAAAAAGGAAAAAUAGGUCAAUCUGGCGUCGCUGUUAAAACUUAUUUGCAAAUAAAUUUCCCUCUAAAUCCUUCUGUCCUUCCCUGUAUAAAGUAUUUUAACUCUACAUAACAGUAAUUUACCCUAAGAAACCACGAUGUUAUUAUUUUUAAGUAGAUUUUUUUUGUACCUUCUUAUAAUUAAUGUUAUUUUUACGGUAUCACCAUAUAGCGAUAUUUAUACAUUUAUAUACUUUCUAUUUUGAACAAAGACUUGUUUUUUAUAAAAUUAAUAACUUUAUACGUUGACGAUUCUUAGAUAGAGAUAUAUUUAAAUAUUUUUUUUUUGUAAUUAUUACUAGAUAUUUUUUUAUUGCGAAUAGUUUUUUUUUGUACUAAAUAAUCGUAACUGUGUGUAUGUGUGUGUGAAUGAGAAAAAACAAUAGCGUGAAACGUUCAAAAUGAGUGAAUAAAUGAGUAUUAGGUAUUAAAAAAAAGAAAAUUAUAUUUUU